AUGGAUGAUAAAUAUGUAUUUUCAACGUUGACGACGCAACAAAAGCUGCCGAAAUUUAAAGUUAAGAUAAAUGGUACUCCUGUGUCAGUCAUGGCAGAUACCGGUUCCAGCGUAAAUCUCUUGGAUGAAGUGAAUUUUAACAAAUUGAAGAAAAAGCCAAUAUUGCAGGAAGCAAAUGAGAAAAUCUUUCCUUAUGGGUCGAAAAAACAACUAUCAAUUAAAGGAAAAUGUCAGUGUGUGGUCGAAACCGAUAAACUAUAUGGGUUGGAGACAUUUUUUGUUGUUAAUGGGAAUACGGGUUGCUUAAUUAGCUGUAAAAGUUCUCAAAAAUUGGGCCUGGUACAAAUACUUGCAUCCAUAGAAGGCACUACAAAGUCUAAACAGGAACCCGUUAAAGAAAAGGCACAAGAAAAUGUGAGAGAAGAUACCAAAGUGGAAGAGCUAAUUAACAAAUAUCAAGAAGUCUUUCAAGGACUGGGAAAAUUGAAAGGGUUUCAAGUUCAUCUACACGUAGAUAAGGACAUACAACCUGUCGCACAACCUCAUCGUCGGGUGCCGUUUCAUGUGAGAAAAGACUUGGAGAAACAGUUAAAACGAGACGAAGAACGCGGAGUCAUAGAGAAAACGGAUGGACCAACACCUUGGGUUUCACCAGUCGUGGUCGUACCAAAACAAAAAGGGGAGGUCCGAGUUUUUAUAGAUAUGCGACAAGUAAACAAAGCAAUAAAGAGAGAAUGA